CAGAGAGCGCAUUACAAAGACCGAGUUUAUGCCCAACUAACUUACAACGCGAGUUUCAGUUUGUAGCGUGCAACAGUAACCUCGCAACACCCAUUUAAUACCCGGAUUGAUGUGCCACACUUUCCGCCCGAGAGAGAAAAAAAUAUUCGCCAGCAGAAUUUAAAAAGUCGUGACGUUCGAUAAGUGGGUGGAAUAUAUUUAUAAAUUUAAUAACAGUGAACUUGACGCAAAUCUUGGAACUGGCGUGUCGCAGAAUUAAAUAUAUUUUUGGACCUGGAGAGUUGGUUGACGUUUGGUUGGGCGAGGGUGGAGAUAAAUAAACACCGGUGACUGUUGAUAUUCGAAAUUGAACGGUUGAGGCGCCAGUGGAGCGCUUCCGGAAGGAUAAACAGCGGUCGUUGCACUUCCGGAUCGAUCGGGAAAUCAAUAGAGCAUUGAGGAAAAAAACUGCAUCAUCGAGUGAUAAAUACCGAACACUAGAGAGAAUAGUGAGGGGUCGGCACUGCCCGGUGAUAUGAAGAAUAUUCAAACCAAUGGAUAUGCGGAAGUGAACGGUAAGAAUGUCGUCAAAGAAAAGGAUCAGAAUGAUUACGAGGAAGUUGACGCUAUCCAGGAGGCAAUGGGUGCCCUCGGAAGGUGGCAAAUUUUCAUUUGCCUGGCAAUCUCCCUCGUUAAAUUUCCGGUAGCAUGGCAUCAGCUGGCUAUUGUAUUCAUGGCCCCACUGAACCAGGGAUAUAAUUGCACGAGUCCAGUGCGUUCGCUAACGAAGGACCAGUGUCUUGUUGAUGUAAAUGGUACUCAAGCGCAGUGUGACAAGUGGGAUUUCGAGAGAACAAUCUUCCCGGAGACCAUAAUAUCGCAGUGGGCUUUGGUCUGCAGUAGGUCACACUAUGCCAAUAUACUGCAGUCAAUACUCAUGUUUGGUAUUUUGCUGGGGAAUAUCACGUUUGGAAGUUUGGCCGAUAGAUUUGGUCGUAAAAUUCCGUUGAUGAUCUCAGUCAUCCUCCAGUUAGCAUCUGGAAUCGGGUGUGCCAUAGUCCCCUGGUUCCCAGCUCUACUAGUUCUGAAAUUAUUAUCGGCCAUGGCAACAGGAGGAACCAUGGUCACUAGUUACGUAAUUUGUAUGGAAAUGGUUGGUACUCAGUGGCGAGCUGCAAUCACAGUUCUUUAUCAGAUACCAUAUAGUUUAGGUCACAUGUCAUUAGCAGGAAUAGCCUUCUACUUUCGUCACUGGCAGCAUCUCCAAUUAGCUAUUACUCUACCAUCGAUUAUUCUCCUGGGAUAUUGGUGGGUUGUGCCGGAGUCCCCUAGGUGGCUGUUGGCUGUUGGCAAACAACAGGCAGCCUCCAAAAUUCUGAGGAAAGCAGCUGGAGUCAAUAAAACUGAGGAUAAGGACAUUCCCGACAUGGUCCGGAAGCAUUGUCUGCAUGCUAAUUCGAGGAAGACAGCAUCAGAUCACGGGGCCUCGAUCCUAGACCUCUUCAGAACCCCCAACAUGAGGAUAAAAUCCUUGGCGAUAUUCUUCAACUGGGCCGUAUGCGGAAUGGGACUGUUCGGCAUGACCCAGUACAUCGGACAAGUCGGUGGCGAUAUUUUCCUGAAUUUCGCUGUCUCUGGGGCCACUCAGAUACCCGGGAACUUUGUUGCAUGGUGGGCGAUGAAUAAAUUGGGAAGGAAGAUAACUCUUAUCGUUAGUAAUGGUGUUGCUGGUACUGCAGCGCUCCUCUUAAUCAUAGCGCCACAGAAUGCAGCAUGGCUCAGGUUAAUUUUCGCUUGUUUCGGAAUUGUUGGCAUGUCAGUCUCGUUCACGACAGUCUAUUUGUUUUCCGGUGAACUCUUUCCAACAGUCGUAAGGAAUAUCGGAGUUGGGACAAGCAGCAUGUGCGCCAGAAUUGGAUCAAUGGUUGCGCCAUUUAUAGUUUCACUGAAUUUCGUUCCUUGGCUGCCACCCGUUUUUUUCGGGACAUUUCCACUUGUGGGUGCAGCUCUUGUACUAUUACUGCCAGAAACUAAUGGAUGCACGUUACCGGAGACACUUCAGGAUGGCGAGGACUUCGGAAAGAAAGCUAAGAAAAUCAUCAGGACUCAGAAGGACAUUGAGGCUGAAGCUACACUCUGAUUAGUUAGUUUUAUAAAAAAAACAAUCAUUCCACAUUUUUAAUUUAUUUACCUUUUUUUUAAAAAGAUUUUAGAUAAAUUAACAGAGCUGGCAAAACAUUCGAAUUACUAUUUGAAAUAUUUAUGAACAAUGACUAUUUUGUAGCCAUCAACUAUCAUACAUGAAAUAGUAUUUAAAUAGUUCGUAGAAAUACUAUUCGAAAUGAUUUUAUCGCGUUUCAAAUAAUUCCAUUUCAUCCAAAUCCUGUUUCAUAAAUAAAUAAAUAAAUAAAUAUUGCUUAAUGAACAGAAAUAGUUUCCGUGAAAUAUUUAUUUCAAAUAGUAAUUCUGUUCGAUUCUCAUGAAAUAGUGGCCACCUCUGCUUAGAAAAAUUAUAGAAAGUUUUAUAGAAAUGAACAAACCGUAUUUUUAAGAUAUUGUGAAAGAAUUCUAUGCAAAUAGCAGGCUCUAUGCAGAAUAACCGAUUCAUCUGAAACUUUUUAUUUAUUCUGAUUUCUCUUUAUGUUGAUGUAAAGAGGAAUCGUUCCGUUAAUUUCCAAAAGAUGAUCGAGUUCACUCUUACUUAAUGCAAAUGAUUGUAGUUUCAACGUAUUCGGAACAUCUGAAGUAGAGAUUUUUAUGAGUGAUCACCGUCGAUAUUGAAUAAUCACAGACACCAGUGGAUCAUAGAAAACAUGGAACACGUAUUUUUGUAUAAAUAUUAUUGCCUUGUAAGAGCACACCGACACUUUUGUAUUUCACAACGUGCGUUCUCGAUGUAAAUAGAUGAAUUAUUUUGUAAUA